UUUAGUAUGAAAACUUCACGUGUUCAAGUGGAGUGGAGAGAAAUAUAUUUCACAGGCGAUUAUUCUAUAUCGAGACGUGCUACAGGAAUAAUGUGUGUUUAAUUGUGUCAACAAUAUCGUUGUAUUUAAUUCUAUGAAUCAUAAAAAUAUAAUAAGAAAACAGAUUUUGCUACUAAAUAUAAAUUUUUAAUCUUAUUCAGUGGUUUUGUUUAUUCAACAUGUUUUGCAAUUGUGUGUGCGACUUUUUUAAGAAACUCGAAAACCAAUGUUUGAUUGUAGCGUUUUUUACAAUGCUCACCUCCACAACCUUGAUUGUGCUAUCGAUCCUUUACAUCCUCCCAAAGGAAAACCACCAAGAGCUGAGAGCCCUUCUGGCGAAGCUCAAUAUGGCAGACAACUCAGCGGUCUUUCUCUCUUCCAUAACGAUGCUUCUGUGUACUAUUUGGAUGAUCUCAGGGGUUCUUCUUGUUAUUGGGAUUAAUAAAAACUCGUCGGGGUGUGUCCUCUUCUACUUCGUGUACGGCAUUUUCUUCACAAUCACGCUGCACGUGGCCACCUUACUGUUGUUGCUGCAUGAAGAUUGGGCGUUUGGAUUCGGCAUUUUAAUCACCUCUUUGAUGAACAUUCGUGGCCUCGUGACGGUGUACCAAACGUAUGACUUGCUGCAGCGAGGGAAGGUAUUUGGUGACCAAGAAAAUGCCUUGUUGGUGGGGGAUGACGAUUCAGUGACAUUGCCUGAGGAAAAUGUAUAGAAUCUUGAAUACUGUUUAUCAUUUAUAUUAUAGGACUUAAAUACAAUCACUUCAUAUGAGUUAGAGGAAGUUACUGAAAACUGAAUGGUUUUCAGUGAAAUAAGAUAUAGGUAAACAUAGUAAGGAAUAUUUACAUUGGUGUCCGUUAAAGUCGAAAAUUUCCUAAAGAGUAAAAUUUCAGGUAAAAAUUUUUCAUUGCAAAACGCUCAUCUAAUGACAAACAAAUAAUGUAAGUGCAUUUUUAAUUAUUAGUUAUUGUCUAACUCUUAAUAAAAAAUUGUCGAAAAAUUAUCCAGCAAACAAAAGAUGCCGAAGAGUUAUUAAUAUUAACGUGCCAUAUUUUGUGUAACAAUUGUCCUAAGAAAACAAUCAAAGAUAAUUAGCGCUUAAGAAAAAAAAUGUUUAGUUGUUUUAUGUAACAAUGUUUAAUUUGUUUAAGUUACAUACAAUAUAAUAUUAAUAAGUAAUUUCAUUCGUUACAAACUAAGGGUUAAACUAGUUGUGUACGUAAAACGAGUGUUGGAUAUCUUGACUUGGACAAAAAACACAAACUCAAAGCAAACUUGAGCUACCUAUUUGAAAAUCAAAUUUCAUCAAGAUCAGCAGAACGAGUCAGUGUUAUUGUGCACUUUUAAUCAUGUAAGCACUUACAAGAUUAAAAGUGCACAAUGUGAUUUAGAAUUAGUAAUAAUAUUAAAAUACUUUACAUUUUUGAAUUAUUUAGAUAGGUCCAGUUGAAGCAUGCAACUAUGCAUAAAAAUAAUGAAUUUAUUAAUACAUAAUUAUACUGUUUAUAAAAAAAAAAUAUCCAUGACCUUACCUUGUCAAUUGUAAAUGCAACAUUUUAAACAUUCAAAUCAAACGAAUAGAAUUCUGAUAUAAUAGAUGAAACGAAAUUGAAAGCUUUUUCAUGUUAAUAAUAAUAUAAUUUCGUUUUAUUUUGCGUUUAAUUUCGUUUUUGUUUAAGUUCUAUCUAGGUACCUAUGAUUUAAUCAUUUUUGUUGAAAUACAGAGAAGAGAUUACAUUUUAUAGAAGUCUGAAUAUUAUGUAUAUUUUACAAGUUUUCUGUGUAUUAACUUGGUGAGUAACAGAUUGACAGUUUUGUAAGUUAGGUAUUACGAGUAACGUUUAAAGCACAACUUCUGAGUUAAUAAAAAAAAGAUUGCUUUAAUGGAGAAUAAAGAAUAGACUAUAAAAACUAAUGCACCAGGGUGCCCUAACUUAAAAACUAUACAGAAACUAGAAUUGCGAAAAAAGUAACUUAAACCGAGCUUGCAUAAAAAAGUGAUGAAUAUAUUAAGAUCAAUGUAGAAGGUAUGCAAGGAUCGUGGCUGCCUAAACCUUAGGAAAAGAGGGCAGAUAUACGUAAUCAAAAUUGUUAUUCUAUCAUCAUCUUCAUUUAUUUUUAGUACUUAAACAUAAGUAUAUUUUUUGUUUUUAAACGUAAUUUUGUAUAACUAAUUGUAAACUUAAUAGUUUAUAUAACUUUUAUUCCUUUUUAGUUGUUGAAAUAAAUUAAUAGUUUUAAUGCCAUAUUA